AUGGUAUUUCUUGACCUCACAAAGGAAAGGUUGCAAGUAAUGAGAGAAGAUGGAUGGGUGUCAUUGAUGGAUGAAGUCUCUUCAUUUUGUGCUAAACAUGAUAUUGUGCUUCAGGAGCUUAACAAUCAUUUUGAUGUUAUGAGUGGUAACUUGCUUCUUGGUAUGGCUAACUUGAAUCCGGUUAAUUCAUUUGCUAAUUUUGAUAAGGAAAAAAUAAUGACACUGGCCAAGUAUUAUCCAGAUGAGUUUGGCGAAUUGAAGCUUCGAGAUCUUAGUCACCAACUUGACACUUUCAUAUUGCACAUGCGACGUGGUGACCUUAGGUUUUCUGAUUUGAAAGGAAUUGGUGAUUUGGCAAAAGCCUUGGUUGAGGCAAAUCUUGCAAAGAGUUAUUCACUUGUUUAUUUACUUGUAAAAUUAACUCUAAUUUUACCUGUUGCGACUGCAACUGUGAAAAGAGGAUUUUCAUCCAUGAAGUACAUCAAAGAUGAAUUACGUAGUAGUAUUAGUGAUAUAUUUUUAAAUGAUUAUUUAGUUUGUUAUUUCGAGAAGGAAGUAUUUACAAAUGUAAGUAAUGAUGCUAUUAUUGACCGUUUUCAAGAUAUGAAAGCGCGUCGAGUUCAAGAAUGA